GGACGAUAGAGGACUGCUCGUGUCGCCUACUGACGAUGAGGACGGAUAUGAGGAUCGGAAUAGGUUGCAGUGAUCCAAUCUAUGAUUUCACAUCAUAUGUCCCAUAUAGAUUCGAGUUUGGGUCAAAAUCCGGAAAUCGCUAACGGUCACUACAAUCACUCGGGCGAAUUCCCGUGCAUGGGGGUGGUUCGUAUCGGCUGCGCCUUGGCCUGUUUCAAUAUCAUUCCUAUCCACGAGCCAUGGCAAAAUCCGCUUCGUAUAGCUAUACUCCCCUCCACAGCGAUCGUCACAUACGCCUCCUCCAAAUCAUCAGCAGCGGCGAUCCAGUCCCAAGCAAAUAUCGAAUCGUCCAAAGAGCGUUGUCGGACGGAGAUGACGAGCUAGAAUUCGAGGCCGUGUCUUAUACCUGGGGUGACCCUUCACCGUUCGGGAGUCUAGUCCUCGAGGGCAACGAGGGGGGCUCUAUUGGACUUACCAAGAACCUGACAGAGGCACUGCCUUUUCUGAGUGAGCGUUCGGAGACGAAGUUGCUUUGGAUCGAUCAGAUAUGCAUCAACCAAAAUGAUGCGGCGGAGAAGGGGAAGCAAGUAGCUCUGAUGACGGAUAUCUACAAGGCGGCUAGCAGAGUGAUUGUUUGGUUAGGGCCGGAGGAUGAGGAUUGCCACGUUUGCAAGGAGUGGCUUGUUGCAUUAGAGUCCAUGCUCAACAACCUCCCCAACUCCGAAAUCCUAAACCGCAGCAGUACAACCUACAACCCGGACCGCCGCUGGGUCGUCCUCCGCCAAACCUUCAGCAGCCCGGACACCUCUCCGCACUUCGCCCCAUCCAUCCGCCGCUUCUUCACCCGUCCCUGGUUCACACGCGGCUGGAUCGUGCAAGAAUUCCUCCUCGCCCGGCGCGUCCUCUUCCUAACCGGCACCCUGACCCUCACACUCGCCGACCUCGAAGACCUGCACGCCAUCCCUCCCCCCACCCCCACAGGACCCGACGACUACACCCAUAGCUACGAGCACCUCAUCAACCUGAAAAAACACCCCUUCACGGACCCGCAACCCCUCCGCUUCCUGCGCCUCAUGUACCUCGCCGCCUCCGAGUUCAGGACCUCUCACCUCGGCGACUCGCUGUACGCGUUCCUGGGCAUGAUCCCCGAGGCGCGGUUCACGCCGGAUUACUCGACGUCGCUGCGGUCGAAUUUCACGCGCUUCGCGGCUGCGUUGGCGGCGCGGUUCGGGUCGUUGGAUUUUCUGUCCAUGUGGGGCGCGAAUCUCGAUUGCUUGGUCCCGAUUACGCCGAAGGAGUUGCUGGGUUUCCCCUCGUGGGUGCCGUCUUUCUGGUGGGUGCCGCUCGGUGCGCCGUUCCGGUUGGCGGUGGGCGGGUGUAGGAUGGUGAGGGGGGAUGUGGGGUGGUGUGCUGCUGGUGGGUGGAAGCAUGUGCAUGUGCAAAACGAGGAGGUGGGAGGAGAAGAAGGUGCGGGGACGACGGGCCGGCUGCGUGUGCGAGGGAGGAUUGUCGAUUUCGUGGAUGCGGUGGUUAGUAAGGUCCGGUUUCAAAGGUAUUGGGAUGUGGAUGAUGGGUAUUUGGAUGGUCUUGUGGAUGGGAUUAAAGAGGAGCUUGGGGGGUUGGAGGGUUGGACGAGGAGGGAGAUGGUGGCGUUUUUGAAUGUGGUGGCGUGGAAUGGGGUGGUGCCCGAGGAGACGGUGGAUGUGGUGCUGGGAGAGGGAAGGCAGGAGGUGAGGGAGUCUGUGCCGCAGGCGCAAGAGACGAAACAUUCUCUGGGGCUGGCCUUGUCCAUGGGGAGGGGGAGGAGGUUCAUGCGGACGUCGAAGGGGAAGUUGGGGCUUGCGCCGGCUAUUGGGACGAAAGCUAGGAAUGGGGAAGUUAGGGGGUCGCCGAUUGUGAUUCUGCAUGGGUGUAGCGUGCCAGUCAUCUUGGAGAGGGUGGUUGACGGUGGAGAAGGAGAAGGGAGUGACGUGUGGAGGCUGGUUGGAGACUGUUAUGUGGAGGGGAUGAUGCAUGGGGAGGUGGUUGAGUGGGAAGAGGAGGCAGCGGACGAGUUUGUGCUUGUCUGAGAGGUGAAAUAUGGGUUUCCAGGAAAUUCACGCAUAUUUCACUCUGCAGAACGUGCAUAUCAUGAGGUUAUGG